AUGGCGUACAGGAGGAAGAAGAGCAAUCCGAGGUCGUCCACCUUGGAGGAUUUUGCAUCCACUGACGCUGUGGACGAUUCGCUCGGAGGUCUCUCUCUCGCCGCGCAGGCCAUUCGCGCCUCGUCCGCGCACCGCGACUCAUCCCUCUCGUCCGCCUAUGACGAAUCAGCUAUUUCAUUGGCCUACAGGGAUUCCGAUCUUCAGAUGUCGUCGUCCCAGCAGCGGGUGAGUCUGCCUCUUAUCCAUCUCCUUCAAUCCGAUCGCAGUGUUUGUUUUUUGUCCUGGGAAUUCAUUCGAAUGAAUAGCAACUUGGUCUGAUAGGAUGGAAAUCACGUGCGUGUCUAUUAAUUCAAUACACUUUUUCGAUUUUCUUUUGUGUGAUCGCUCCAUUUAUCUGGCAGUUUUUUUUAUAACAUCAAAGGAAGAAAAUUAGUUGACCUGCCUUCUGUUUUUAUUAAUUGCGUGGAGUAGUUCACAUUUAGGGAAAGUAAUCGAGGGAGAGGUAUUUAAAUUGUUUAUCAAGAUAGCAUUUAAUCUAUGGAGAUACAAUUAAAGUCAAUAUUUUAGUUUCCUUCAAUGAUGAAUACUGAGUUUUUAAUGAUGAUCUGGUAAAUCUGCAUUUUUCCAUCACAGUCAUGUUUUUAUGGCUCAUGAAAUGUCGUUUCUUCUCAGGACUAAGACUUUUAAGAUGGGAAUGGUGUUAACUUUUUUUUUCCUCUUUUUCCUAUGAAAAUACUUUUAUUUUGUCGUCUAGAUUUAUUGGGGAGGCAUUUGGUGUGUUUUCAACGUUUCUCAUCAAUUUGUUAAUGAAUGCUCCUUUAUUUUAGUUAUUGUUUCACUGGUCCUUCCGAAUUUCUCGUUUGUAAGUUUAAACCCUCCGAACAUAUUUCUUCAUACCAGGUUGUAUAGGUUAUAUCCUAAUUACCUUCAUCCGCUGCCAUGACCAAUGCCAUCAUUUAUCUAACUGUUUUUAAUUUUUCUCUCUCUUCCAGCAUCCUCCCUUAAAGAAUCUGUUUAGUAUUAUCCUGGUUUGGCAGUUAUUACCAAUUUUAUUGAAAGAUUAUGUAGUAUUUAUGACGACUUUGCAUGUUAACUUUUUAAUGUAUUACUUAUGAUCAAGGGUGCUGAGGAGGUUAUGCAAUUUAAUAGAUCCUCAGUGUGCUGAGGAGGAUGCAAAGUUAUGAAAGUGGGCAAGUUUUCUUAAGGAACUUAGGUGGUCUGGAUAUGGUUUAGGGGGUAAUAUGUGGUUGAACUUUUAAAUCAAGUACUAACGUCAAAGUGCUGUAAUAUUGCACAGGUUAUGUGAUUUAUAACAAUACGACAUAAUUUAUGCAUAUUUAUUCAUGUGCCUACCUUGUUAAAGAGACCUAAAUACGAAAAAUAAAUCAGACAAGUAGACAUAUAACACCACACAUUGUUAUUGAUAUGAUCAGCCUAAUUAGAAAUGUACAGGGGAAAAUUAGCAAAAACCACAAAGUGAAAAUUGUAGAUUCCUUGACAUGAGAAAAUUACCCGUAGGAUAUAUGCUGGGGAAACUGCUAUGAAAAGCAAACGGAUUUAAGCUUAACUGAGAGCCAUUCGCCUCAGCUCAGUAUUGCAGUUGGCAGGAAAUGGGAAAUUUCGUCAAGACUUUUUUAAAUAAGAGGUAAAUUCAUACUGGAGAAAGAGAAUGAUUUAAGACUGGGAAAUGUCCUGAUUCACUGUCUUCUCAGAAGGUUUAGAGAGUCUACAGAUGUGUUGCUGGUGGUCCUGGAAAUGUUUCUGACAUACUUUAACAAACGAUAGCAUUCUGUGGCAAGCUACUUGAGACAGGAAGCUGUCGUUUUCAAGAGUCUAGGUGCUUAAACAUUAGGCCCUUUCAGCUGUACUAGUCGAAAGAUUGUGCAGGAAAGGAAGAGACCGAUGAUAAAAAUAAAAAUGAAUGGGUUUUGUGCCAGAAAGUAUUCUAGACUUUAUUAAUGGCUAAAAAUGGAAUUACAUCCGAUCAGCAAGAGUUGUGGUUUCAGUUUUUUUUUCGUUCCUUUUUUGUAAUUAAGACAUUUUGAUGGUCACAAAGACAAUCUCACAUGCACUCUCAAUUUCAUGUCAUGCAAUUUAUGCAUGGGCAAACUAUGCUGAGAACUUGUGGGGUGCUAUAUCAAGUGAUCUGGUUGAACACGGUGGUGUUCACACGCACCUUUUUUAUAUACUAGUAUUAUUAUAUAAUUUAUCUGUUAUAUUCAUAUUUUGCUAUUCAAUCGAUUUUCAUGAAAAUAUAACAGGUAUUAAAUAUUUUCCUUUUUUUUUACUCAAAUGUAUCUUAUGUUUUUUUUUAUGUGAAUAUUUAUCCGUGUAAUUGUAGUAUUAUGUACCAUUUUCCUCGUUUCUGUAUCCCUCCAGAAUUUUACCACGAUUUAUUUAUCACAUUUGUUAAUGGACAACGACUACGAUUUUGUACAGGACACAGCAGCGUACGAGUAUACCUCUUUGAAAAACCUAAAUGGGUCCAAAGCGGAAGGAUUCUGGGAGGCUCUAUCCAGAAAAGCUAAAUCUAUCAUCGACGAUGAUAAUCCAGCGCAGCAGCCCAAAAACCUCACCCAGAAUCUGCCGCAGAUGAUGCUCAAGACACCAACUGCUACCCAGGUGGGAACGAAAUCAUACGAUCUCUACUGUCUCGAAGGAGAAACCUUUGACCAUCUAAUACAUUCAAAAAAAAGAAAAUCUAUUUCUUUCCUGUUCAUGUGGCAUGAAUCUUUUUUUUCUAUUUACAGCUCGAUCAGCCCCGUCAGUCACCAGAGAGACACAAAAGGGUGGAUAAUCCGACGAUUCAGAAAAGCCUAGGUGCUCUAACAUCUUCCCUUCAUUAUAUCGGCGGCACAAUUGGGAAUGCCUUGGAAGUAAGAUACUCCUCCAAUCUCAUUUGCUGGGACCUGUGAACUAAUAUGUGUUGGAUCCUCCAUUUCAUGGAGAUCUGGAUGCUUGAAAGCUUCUCAAGGUGAUUCAAUUCCGAUUGCUGGCAUCCUCAGGAAGGCCUGAUGAUCGUCGAGAAUAAGACCGUGGACAUCAUCCAGGAGACAAAGAAGCUCAACAUAAGAAGGAAGAACAGCGGAUCACAUGUUCAGAGCUCACUCUUGAACCCCUCUGGUCUUCCUCAGAUGCCAGCCGACCAUGAAACGCAGCUGAAGGCCUCUCGCGACGUAAGGUGGCAAUAACGAAUGCAUCAGUAGAUCUUUUGGCUUCCUCUUUUAGUUAUUUUAAUAAUUUCUCCUGAUGAAAUAUUACUGUUUAUAGUAUUGGAUAAAACCCAAUAAAAUAGGUUUAUUGAGUUGAAGAAAAAUACCCCAAAUUUGGAAAAAUCUUAAUUAGUCUCUCUCUCUCUCUCUCUUCCCAUCUGAAUCCUUGCGCAUGCUGUAUUUCGGAUGACCAUGAAACCCAGCUGAAGGCCUCUCAUGCAUCAGUAGAUCUUGUGGUUUCCCCUUUUAGUUAUUUUAAUAAUAUAUCCUGAUGAAAUAUUACUAUUUAUAGUAUUAGAUAAAACCCAAUAAAAUGGGUUUAUUGAGCUGAAGAAAAAUACACCCCAAAUUAAGAAAAACCUUAACCUUUGGGGCAGCAUUCUCCCUAACAUCUCGAGAUAUUUCAUCUGUGUCGGGUAACUACAGGUGGCUAAUGCAAUGGCCGCCAAGGCCAAGCUGCUGCUGCGGGAGCUGAAGACCGUCAAGGCUGAACUGGCGUUUGCCAAGGAGCGAGGUGCCCAGUUGGAGGAGGAGAACAGACUCCUCAGAGAAAGUCGUGUGAAGGGCCACCACCACCCCGAGGAAGACGAAGACCUGGUAAUGUGCUGGUUCCGGGUUCGGCGCGGAAUCUCACGGGCUUUUAUAUGAAUCGGCCCGAAAUUGAUCUGACGGACCCAUGCCCGCUUUCUCCUCAGAUCCGAUUGCAGCUGGAGACGCUGCUGGCGGAGAAGGCCCGGCUGGCGCAGGAGAACUCCGUCUACGCCCGCGAGAAUCGAUUCCUGAGGGAGAUUGUGGAGUACCACCAGCUCACCAUGCAGGACCUCGUCUCCUUCAACGAUGAUGACGACCACCUCUUCCUCUCCUCCACCGCCGCCGCCGCCGCUGGGUCUCCUUCUUCCCCAGGUGCGUCCUCCCCAUGA